CCUGCGAGACCUGCGGCCAUGCCCAGCCACCCCGCCGGCGCCGUGCUGCUGGCGCUCGCCCUCUGCGCCCUCCUGGAAGAUGGUAUGGGCCAUCCUCCGCUGGAGUCCCACCUGGCCGCGCACCCGAGGACCAAGCGAUGUUCCUGCAACAGCUGGCUGGAUAAGGAAUGCAUUUACUUCUGUCACCUGGAUAUCAUCUGGGUCAACACACCGGGACACACCGCUCCCUAUGGCUUGGGAAGCCCGCCAAGGCGGCGCAAGAGAUCGCUCAGCAGGUGCGAGUGCUCACACUCGAGGGACAACAUCUGUGCCACCUUCUGCCAGGCGAAGCCUGGGUACCUCCAGAGUCUGAAGCUCCCAGUGAGCUCUGGAGCAUCAAUGAAGUCUCCACAGAGCGGUGGCGUGAGGCCUUCCCAUCAUGGCCUGCUGAGAGCUCUCAGGGAUAUUGCCGUCUCCAGUCUGUGGUUCGGCAAGCAUCAGCACCGUUCUCGGAGGAACGCACAGCCAACAGUUUUGCCUUGGAAGAAAAACAUCUGGAAGAAAAAGAGAUAAGAAACAGGUGCAUACCAAGUUCACCAGAAGAAUUAGGAGUCCUGUGGGUGCCACUAACUCCGCUGUCGGUAGUUAGAGCUGAAGGAAAGGCCAUGAAUGGAAGGGGGAAGAAGUGGAAGUCUCCAUUCUCCUGUUGCGUGAACCAGUACUGCAUGCACUCCAGAGACUGUUGUAAAGGGAAAACUGUCUCUCUAUACAGUCAUAGCUGUGUCGUGGAGCUGAAUUGUGCCUUUUUGGAUCAGGCAAGGGUCUUGCUGGAAGAGUACUAGCUUAACUCUGCACUGGAGUCCUAGGCAGAGGGUCAGCCUGCGCUGGGCGGUUGAAUCACUUACAAACCAGACGGCUCUGUGCAGUUCUGGACCUGGCAGCACUGAGCCCGUAUCACUGGCCUGGUCUGCUCUGCCUUUGAGCCGUGUUUGAGCACGGUUCCAGCUUGGCCCCAUUCAUAGGUGGUUUGGCUGGUCAUUGUAGAUGGGGAUAAACUGCCUCCAGUGUGAGCCCACCUUUGCACUUUUUUCUCUUACUUGUCAGACAGUGCGAUGUGCAUAUGAAUGAGACUCCCAUGGUAAAACAGCUCCCGGUUUUUAUUAAAAAGUAUAUGUCAUCUAGAAGCCUGAAAGCCACUGAGUAGUCAGUGGCAUUGUUUGGCUGAGAAAUUCACUGAAGGGCUGUCCUUAGGUGGCUCUUGUUUAAGUGGAGCAUAGCUUGCUUACACUGGAGCUUGCAUCAAAUCCAAGCAUGACCCCUGCCAUCAGGCACAGCAGCAGCAGGGGUGGGGAGGCUGAAGUGGAGCUGUAUUUCUGCAGGAGCCCUGUGCAUGCAGCCCCACGUAACCUGGGGGAGGGAGCCCCGCUGGGUCCAAGGCAGAGCCGAGCUGCUAAUCUGGAUGAGUUCAGUGCUGUGAAUCUGUCUCAUCUCCUUGGACAUACCCUUAGCAGGGUAGAGUACUUCCAGCUCUUAACCUCAUAUCCCAGCAUUCUUUCAGCUCUGCCUGAAAGGAAAGGCUAGGGGCAGAGAAGAUGGGUGGUGGGAAAAUAGCACGCAAAGGCUUGCUUGCUGCUUUGCUUAGAUCAGGUCUCUGAGUUGCACUCUAUGUAAUUAAUGACCAGUAUAUGGAUAGCAUGUCACUAUGAGAAGUGUAACCUGAAUAGAGAAUGCGUUAGGCAAGGGGCAGCCAGGUGGGAUUGAUGUGGAGGAAAAGAUUGCUAAGAAGAGAGCACAGCACUGUCUGCACAGCUUUAGAAGAAAGGCUCGGAUUUAAGCCCAUGCCAGAAUCACGGCUGCUUCCCCAGCCAUGGAGCAGCACAGUGCUGCUGGCCCAGAGGAGGGAAAGAAUAAUUUGGAAAAAACACUGAGCCCAGGACCUAGAAACCAAUCUUGCAGGCAAACACAAUCUCAAGGCUCUGGAGCUGUAUCACAAAUGCACUUUUGUUUGCCUGGGCAGAUUAACUUCUAUUACAAAUCGUGGCUGCAGCUGUCAUCUGGUUAGUGCAGAUAAAUAAUUGCUCUCCUGGAACCACUGUUGGGUCCCCCUUGCUGCCCAAUCCAGUAUUACACAUGAGCAUUUUAAAAGGCUGCUUGAAGUUGGUGGUGGACCAAAAUCUGUGGCUGUUGCAAGUGUAGUCCCAUUGGACAUACAAAAUACUUCCUUGAUUUUGCUUUAAGCCCUAGAGGGGGGAAAAAUGAGACCAAUUGAUUGUAUCGUAAAUGAAACAGCAGACUAAUCAUUUGGUCCCCAAAGCUGCAGAGAAUCUUUUUUAUAUUUGACCUUCUGAAGGUUUGAGUCAUUCUAAAAAAAAAUCCUGAAAGGGUUUGUUCCAGAGGAAACUUUGCACAUGGUUUAAUGUGAGCCUAGUAAUUUAAAAUAAAACUACUGCUGUAAAAUACUAUGUAUAUCUCCUUGUGUGUAUAAUGUCUCAUCUUUAAGUGACUUAUUGCACACAUGCCAUAUGUAGCAUCCUGAAAUCUGUAUAUUUAUUUAAAUCUAUUGUUUUUUUAGACAGUAAUUUGCAAAAUUUAAUUUGUAAUAAAUAAUGACAAA